ACCUACUUGUACGAAUUACUUACUUUUAAAGAUCUAGGUAAACAAUAAUUACAGUGUGUAUUAUGUUGAUAUAACACGAAAUCCAUACCAAAAACACUUGAACGAGAAAAAAGUUUUACAUGGAAUCAUGUGUAAACAUAUGCUACUAAGAAGCGUCAUUUACUAAAAUAUCCAGUUCCAACAUGCUGACGGUUCGUUUCCUGUCGUUAAGAAACCUGCGGCGUCUGGUGUACCUCGGCUGUGUCUGGUUGUGUAUCUGCUACUUAGUUUUCCGUGUGGCCCAUCCUCAAAAUGCCGUAUCGUAUUUGGCACACAUACACAGAGGUUUGUUGCAAAAGCUCCCUUCUGAAGGACCAACGCAGCCAUCUUUGAAUGCAUUGAUUCCAGAAAAUUUUCUCGAUUUGAUGCCUUUGGUUGAUAAGUCACCCAGUCUAGGCGAAAAAGAACUGUUAUUUUUUCUUUCCAACCGAUCUAAUCUACCCCUUGCUUACUGGGCUAAAAAUCGAAAUAAAGCAAUUGGUGAUAAAAAUUGUGCUAAAUUUCCCAGUUUAUUCGAUUUAGAUUUCAACAAUGUUUAUUGGCAGAGGCUUCAAACUACGAACGGGACCUUCUAUUUAUACGCGGCGUAUUAUGAUAACAGGAUUCGAGCAGGAAGCACCGCAAUAAUCAGAAUUUUAGCCAUGGUGGAUAAAAUAAAACCCAUUUCAACGACAUGCCAACUGUGGUUCGAUAAAGGAAAGUCGCCUGUUUUUGCCCAAGCUACUUAUACCUACGCUUGGUACUCGAAGUGGGGCAACUACAAAGAUGGCAUCCUCCAACCCUUCAUCGUUUCUUGUAAGCUCCCCAAGAAAGAAACCGAAGGUAGAAUACCUGCAAGUGUGUCUCUUGUCCAGACCCGGUGCCAAAAUCCAAAUAACAAUCUCAGGAUUGUUAAUAAUCGUCCUCCAAAAAAACAUGACUUUGCAGUAUGUGUUAAAGGCUUGGAUUUUCUGCAAGAGGACUUGAGUGUACGGUUAGUUGAAUGGUUAGAAGUGUUAAACAUACUUGGAGCAAAAAAAGUUUUUAUGUAUGAAUUAGAAAUUCAUCCGAACAUUUCCAAAGUCCUCAGUUAUUACCAAAACAAAGGACUGGUAGAGCUGACGCCUAUUACCUUACCUGGUAACCAACCAAAUAUACCAGGUUUUCGCCAUCUUUAUCUUAAAUCCAAAUUAACUCAUAAACGUCAGAACGAAGUUAUUCCAUACAAUGAUUGUCUCUACCGAAAUAUCUACAGCUAUGACUACUUAGUUUUGCUGGAUGUAGACGAAGUCAUUAUGCCUGUCAAACACACAAAUUGGCGGGAAUUAAUGGCCGAGGUUGUUCCAGCAGCUCUCAAACUGAAGAACUACACUCGAGCUAGCUACAACGUUCGAAAUGUUUAUUUUCUAGAUGAUCUUCAAGAUGGAGAAGAACUACAUCACGAAGCCCACGAACAAGGAAUUCCUCCAUACUUGCACAUGUUACAGCACGUAUAUCGUUCUAAGAACUUUACCAAGCCUGGUUCUUACGUUAAAUGUUUCCAUAACACCGAACGGUCAGUGUCCCUUCACAAUCACUUUCCUUUGAAUUGCUUCGGUUCCUGCACCACGUACUCAAUUCCAAUAGAACUCGCCCAGUUGCAGCAUUACAGAAAAGAUUGUGUUGGCAGUUUGAAGAAAACGUGCAAAAGUGAAUUUCGAGCUUACACUGUACGUGACACCACAAUAUGGCGGUACAAGAACGAACUCACACAGCGAGUAACCGAAGUGUUAAAUAAAUUGGGUUUUUUCCGUAGCUAGGGGAGAAGGUUUCUGAAGCAAAUCAAGGCUAAAGAUAAAUCGAACGUCGCCAUUUGAUAAUGGUGGUCAGCAAUUAGUGUGAUUUUAACAAUCGUUCUCUAAAUUAUGUAUACAGGGAGGUCCAAAACUCCCUGUACACACGUGAAUUCGUCGAUGAGCCAGCUCGUCAUAAGCUUGGCCUGCUGGAUAUCUUGCACUGUCUUUCAGUAAACAUUUUAGUGCCUUUUUUUCCCUGUUGUAUAUCUUGGAAUCACCCAUUGGUCAUUACCUCUAAGUAAUAUUGUAGAAGAAACCUUAAGUAAUUAUCUUAAUCUUUUAAUUGUGCAACUAGAAUUUAAAAACUAUGUUAAUCAUUUCAUGAUUGUAAAAAAAAAUUGUGAAAUUAGGUGGUAAGUUGUAGCUGGAUGUAGAAUACAUGAAAUGUACAGAUCAGAAGAAUAAGAUAAAUCAUGGUUCCUAUGUUUCGAUCGACUUUCUUCGGCUUGUUAGUAAAUCUAUAGAUAUAUUUUUAGUUUUUUAAUGAUACGUAUUUGUUUUCAAACUCUUGUUACCCAUUAAUCAGCAUUCAUCUAGCUUAUAAUAUUGGAAAAAUGCAUAUUAACAAACGAGCUUUUGAGUUUCAAACAUAUUCACAAUAUUGUUCUAAAUGAAGAGUUCCUCUGAUCGAAAGUUUUAAAUUAAUUGGAUAUAGUUGUCAUGUGAUUAAGUUAAGGUGCAAUUUCACGUUUAUUGAUCGAAACGACCGCUAAGUUUGUUUGUUCUUGUUUUAACCGCAUCAGCAUAAGUGUACUUCUUGAUACCAUGUGUGCAGUUUCUAUUAAACUAAGAUGAUCUGUUAUCUUCUUUGUUAGUUUCACUUAAACUACCUAUUUGAAAAUGUUUGGCGAAACGUGUAGUUUUAUUCGUUAUGUAUACGAUUGUAAUUUUUCAUGUUCAAAAUUAACUAUAUUUAGAUUCAAGCAUGGUAAAUAUGCAUUCAGCCAAAUGAAACAUUUCCUUUCCCUAAUAUGGGAUGUUUUAACAUUCGUGUAUUUCAUUUGAACUCUCUUCUUCAAAAUUCCUUUUGCCUAAGGAUUUUAUUUAAUCGUAUCACGUCCUAAUUUGUAAUACUUGUAGAAAAAAAUUAUCAUAUUUAAUGAUUCUAUUUCGAAUAUGAUUAGAAAACUUUUCAUAACAUGUACAACUUAAUUACCAGAUUAAUUUUAGGCUGUUUAAAUUUUAUGUUCUAUUUAAAGGCAAAUUUUUGUAUUAAACAUGACGUUCGUAAUUUUAAAACAAUAACAUUUAACUAGCUUUACGUAUGUACUAAUAUCGACUAGACAACUUAGCUAAGAGUAAUGUGGUUUUGAAAAAAAAAUGUUUGAAAUAUAAAAAUAAUAACUGCUUGUAAAUAGAAGAGUAGGUUAAAUUUAAUCUGGAUACUUAUUACUGUUUUUAAUUACUAGUAAUAAGUGAUACUUGGCCAUCUUAUCGAAACUUAAGAAUAAUUAAAAUCGAAUAUCGGAGCAGUUUUUCAAAUAUUAGUACAAUGCUUUACGAAGAUAAUUCGAUUUUUUUUAGUUUUAUUAAUUAUAGGAUUGUGUCAACACUCUGAUUUUAUUGAUUUGGCAUAAAUUCACACAUUUAUAUAUAUUAGUGUUAAUAGUUAGCAAUCAAAUAAUAAAAUUUAAUUUUUUUAUUUAUGUUUACUGUGUGGCUCAUUUGUAACCGAGAGCAAAACAGUUUGUUUUUCGUUUGGUAUUAAUUUAUCGUUUUUAGAUGAUGGGAUUUCUUUCUUUAACUGUAACGCAUUUUUUAAAAUUGCGUUUAUGAAUACUCUUUCACAAUAAUCUAAUAUUUUGUUGUUGUUUUUCUAUAUAACGAAACACUACAAUAAUUGAAUUGUUGUUUUUCUAUAUAACGAAACACUACAAUAAUUGAAUUGUUUUUUCUUUUUAUUAUUUUCUACCGGUUUCGUAACUUCAAAGGUCAUUCUUUAGAUAUAAUUUUACAGAGAAUUCUUAAGGCACAUUUUGCUUGUAUAUAUUGUAUUUAUCUGAUUGAAUUGCUGUGCUAUUGAUUUCCACCUCUGAGCUGCUUGUUAGUACUCUGUUUCAGUUGGUGUCGGAGACCAUUACUUGUUUUGUCAUGUCUAGUGUGCUUUAAAGUAAGAAAUAAUUAUGAUAAAUCAACUGUUUAACAGCUGUUAAUGAGAAACGAGUUGUAACUGUAGUUUAGUUACUUCUCUGUCUAGUUUUUUAAUAUUAAAAAAAAUGCUAGCACAAAAUCGAACUUAAAAAACAUCAAAAUGUUCAACAUAAGCAGACUUGCUGGCCUUGUUGUUUUGUUCUUUCAAAUAACGAAGUUCUGAUAUUGCGUCUUGAUAUAAAUUUAGUGUUUUGUUUUUUAACAACACGAAUAGAAUUGAAGAAAAUGUUCCAAUAUGAUUAGUUCGACGAUUAAAAAGAAAACUAAUCUUUAACACUUCAACAAGUGCGGUAUCUGUUUAAUAUUAUUAUUGUUAUUCUUCAUGGAAAAGUCUUAAGUCAUUCCUGGUGGCCAUUCCAUCUACCCUGGAGCCAAUACCGAGACAGCCCUCCCUCAUUCAAACCUUAAUGUUUUGUCCUUGGUGUCUAUACCGAAACUCUCCCCCCCCCAAAAAAACUUAGAUAUUUUAACUCUGUAGCCUAGUUAUCCCCCUAAACCUCUAUUUCCCCCUGUAGCCUAUAUCGAUACUAUCCCCCCUCCAAACCUCGAUGUGUUCCCCCUGGAAUAUAUUUUGAGACUCCCGUAGCAUGGAUGGUGGGUGAUAGGAUGUUGUUGAUGACUGCCUUCCCUCUAGGCAACAGUUCAAAUUAGGGACAGCGGUAGAUAGAUAUCCUCAUUAGCUUUGCCAUAAAUACAAAUACAGAACUUACUCUCUGUUUUAAAACUUAAAUAACCUGUUUUGUAUCAACAUAUAAUAGCAUUAUAAACGUUUCAGAAAAUAUGAUACUGGCAAUAAUCAGAAAUCAUCAUAUACGUAUAUAGGUCAGGGCUAUGCGCCUGAAACCAUUUUUUAAACACAACCUUGUAGUCAGAUGCAGCACUGACGGCAACAAGCAUCAUGGAGGUAGGUCUAACCCCCAAUUCAAGAAGAUCGGCAAUGGGAUUUGGGGGUGAAGGGGGUAUUGCACUCCUCAUAAACAACUAGAACCGUCUAUAUAGCUGAGAUAUAACUUGAAGUAAAAUAAAACCACUGCUUAUAUGUUUACGUUUUUAAUCCUCCUCUUCCCUUCCACUAAUCCCAUUUUACUUCCUUGGCUAAGCAUAACCUAAUGCUUAGCGCACCGGAUUAUGGAUCCUUCGGUUCGUGGUUCGUUUCACAGCGCCGAAAAUUGUCGCGCUUCAUAUGUUAGGGACGUUAUAAAAGAAACGGUCAAAGCCCAGUAUUCGAUUAUAAAGUGGUCAACUAGUUGGUGGUGAGAGUUUAGUUAGCUGCUUUCCAUUUAGUCUACCACUUCAAAAUUAGGGACAGAUGACGCAUAUGGUUCUUGUGUAGCUUUGCGCGAAUAUCCGAAACAAGCAUCCCUCCCCUUUCCCAGAAUCGGGUGUAGUUUUAAACACAUUUUUCUAUUUCGGAAAUACUUACUCACCAUGCUGCUUGUGUGUCCGUUAGUUACAAGAUUCCUACUUUUAUGUAUACUACACGACGAAAAAGUUCAAACCAACAUACCGUCAAUAUUGCAAUUAAUUUCGUUAGUUACAGAAGAGAUCCUUCAUACAAUUUACUUAGUAAAUGGAUGAUUUUACUCAAGUUUUUGGCCAUUAGGCUAUUUAAUCCGAAUAUUGUAACGAGCGAAAGCAUAAAACUACUCAUCGUGAUGCAAUAUAUGAAAAGUGUAUAAAUAAAUUGGCAAGUUGAGGGAUAAUAUGGACAUUUUCUUAAAAUUCAGAAGAAAGCCUUUAUUCACUUCUAUAACAUGCACGUAGAGCACAAGGUUCGUUCUAUUGUGUGAUAAACUGUGUAGAUUAGCCAGUUUUCCAAUAAGCUAGCAGACUUAUUUGAUUCCAAAUUUUCCUUUUGAACACUAUUUAAUGUAGUCGCUACUAUAUAGAAAAACAAGAAAAAUAUAUUUGUAAGUACAAGAAAAUAAAUUUCAGUUAUGUCCAUUACGAAUUAUUUCCCGCCAAAACACCCACUCAAUUGUCAGUUUCGAAGUU